AAGCUUCAGUUUAUGUGUUUGUAGGAUUAAAGAAUUGCAUCAUAGAAAUCAUUUAAUAGUCUAGAUUCAAGCCUUUUAUAAUAAUCGGUUACAUAGAUGAUUUUCAAGGUUUGACAUUCCUAAUUUAACAAAGCCCAGAUUGAGCAGGGGGUGGUCUAUAUUAAAUCUCCCUUUCUAAUAACUUUACACCAAAUUAUUCACUUCAAGCAAGAUAACAUCUUAAUUAGAAAUAAUAUAAAACUCCUUAAUUUGUACCAUUUCCCAUGUAUGAAUCAAGUACAGUAUUACUGAAAACCAUUGCAGGUGGCUGAUUAAACUCCAAAUUUUUUAUUCCCUUUUUUUUUCCAAUUUGCCCAUCUGUUCUUUAACAGCUUGCACAUGGAGCACAAAGAAAUUAAGGUUGCAUGAUUAAGAUAUGGGUAAAGAAUAGAGUAGGCACUUAAUCUUACAACUGGGAAGCCGUUUGUCAAUGCCGAUGAUUUGUUUUGAGUCUUCAUAUUUUAUAGUGGGUUGACUCUUGUGAUUAGACACAUUAAAUGUUGGUAUCACCAGAAGUGAGCAUAUUUAUAGGACUUGGGUACACCAGAUUUCCUAAAUUUUUUUUCUCAUGUACACACUCUUGAUGUUUUCUUGCUAAAGUUGAGGCAAAUAAUAACUGUGUUGAAUACUUAUUUGGUAUUUUUUCAUUUCUCUCUUGGUCACAGAUCUUUGUAUGUUCCUCUUGAUUACUGUAAACUGAACUUGAAAAAAUGUUUAAAUUUUACAAACUUGCCUGUAGGAUCUAGGAGUGCGUUUUUAAAUCUCCAGGAAACCAAACAGUCUUUUAACAGUUAGGGUUUUUGGUGGUGUGGGAAUUUUUGUUUUGUCUUUUAUAAACCUCUUUCCUUUUAAUCCAGAUGUUCUAUAUAAUUAUCUGGGUUAAUAAUUUCCCCAUUUCCUCAAGAAUUCGAGUCAUGACAGGUUUUGUGUCUACCCUCAUGAGCCAGCCUGCUACUGAAACAUUGUUUGUUUAAAAAAAAAAGUACCAUCAUUAAAGGUCCUUAAAUGUUAAGCCACAGUCAGAUAUAGAGAAGUCCAUUAUUGUGUUAGUCUUCAGAACAACUUAAGCUUGUUUCAUUAAUUGAGAGUAUGAGUAUAGUUUGUAUUAAAUUAAAAUUUAUUGCUUUUCCCCCUUUUCCCUCUCCUUGUUUUUUUGGCCAUAUAUCUCCGUUGCCCAUGUACUGGAUCGACUUACCCCUGCGUUGCCCACCAUGACGUUGGCCCAUCCGCCCCUGAACGCCCAUGUGAAAACCCUGGUUGGCUAUGCCCAAAAAUGUGCUCGUUGCCAAACGGGUACCAUACUUGACAACUUCUGAUUGAAUGCCCAUGCCCAAUGCCAACAUCCACGAACGCCAAUGACCAAUGCAGUACAAUGCCAGUGUUUCAGUCCCAGACAGCAGUGGCCCCGAGCGCAUAUUGAGUAUCAGUGCUGAUAUUGAAACAAUUGGAGAAAUUCUGAAGAAAAUCAUCCCUACCUUGGAAGAGGGCCUGCAGUUGCCAUCACCCACUGCAACCAGCCAGCUCCCGCUCGAAUCUGAUGCUGUGGAAUGCUUAAAUUACCAACACUAUAAAGGAAGCGACUUUGACUGCGAGUUGAGACUGUUGAUUCAUCAGAGUCUGGCAGGAGGAAUUAUUGGGGUCAAAGGUGCUAAAAUCAAAGAACUUCGAGAGAACACUCAGACAACAAUCAAGCUUUUCCAGGAAUGUUGUCCUCAAUCCACUGACAGAGUCGUUCUUAUUGGAGGAAAACCUGAUAGGGUUGUAGAGUGCAUAAAGAUCAUCCUUGAUCUUAUAUCAGAGUCUCCCAUUAAAGGACGUGCUCAGCCUUAUGAUCCCAACUUUUACGAUGAAACCUAUGAUUAUGGUGGUUUUACAAUGAUGUUUGAUGACCGCCGUGGACGUCCUGUGGGAUUUCCCAUGCGGGGAAGAGGUGGUUUUGACAGAAUGCCUCCUGGUCGGGGUGGGCGUCCCAUGCCUCCAUCCAGAAGAGAUUAUGAUGAUAUGAGCCCUCGUCGAGGACCUCCUCCACCUCCUCCUGGACGAGGUGGCCGGGGUGGUAGCAGAGCUCGGAAUCUUCCUCUUCCUCCACCACCACCACCUAGAGGGGGAGAUCUAAUGGCCUAUGACAGAAGAGGAAGACCUGGAGACCGUUAUGAUGGCAUGGUUGGUUUCAGUGCUGAUGAAACCUGGGACUCUGCAAUAGAUACAUGGAGCCCAUCAGAGUGGCAGAUGGCUUAUGAACCACAGGUUGAGUAUCAUGGGUAUUAUUCCUAUGCAGGGGGUCGUGGCUCAUAUGGUGAUCUUGGUGGACCUAUUAUUACUACACAAGUAACUAUUCCCAAAGAUCUGGCUGGAUCUAUUAUUGGCAAAGGUGGUCAGCGGAUUAAACAAAUCCGUCAUGAGUCAGGAGCGUCGAUCAAAAUUGAUGAGCCUUUAGAAGGGUCCGAAGACCGGAUCAUUACCAUUACAGGAACACAGGACCAGAUACAAAAUGCACAGUACUUGCUGCAGAACAGUGUGAAGCAGUAUGCAGAUGUUGAAGGAUUCUAAUGCAAGAUAUUUUUUCUUUUUUAUAGUGUGAAGCAGUAUUCUGGAAAGUUUUUCUAAGACUAGUGAAGAACUGAAGGAGUCCUGCAUCUUUUUUUUUUUAUCUGCUUCUGUUUAAAAAGCCAACAUUCCUCUGCUUCAUAGGUGUUCUGCAUUUGAGGUGUAGUGAAAUCUUUGCUGUUCACCAGAUGUAAUGUUUUAGUUCCUUACAAACAGGGGUGGGGGGUGGGGGAGGGUGUGCAAAAACUAACAUUGAAAUUUUGAAACAGCAGCAGAGUGAGUGAAUUUUAAUUUUUGUUCAUUGUUGGUGGUUUAAAAAAAAUCCCCCCAUGUAAUUAUUGUGAACACUUUACUUUGUGAUCACUGUAACAUUUGGGGGGGGUGGGACAGGGAGGGAAAGUAACAAUAGUCCAUAUGUCCCUGGCAUCUAUUCAGAGCAGUGUGCAGAAUGUAAUGCUCUUUUGUAAGAAACGUUUUAUGAUUUUUAAAAUAAAUUUAGUGAACCUA